CAGGGGGUUACUGCAUUCCCUCUCACUCACUUGCUAACUUCUAUUGAUUUCAGAAUGGGUGGGGGGAUGUGGGGCAUCAGAAUGGCUGUGGUGUUGCUGAGUAUGGGACAAGUUCCGAUUUGCACCUUCCAGGUUCAAAAUAAUAUCACCUCGAUGCCAGAAUUGAAUAUCUCUCAGGCUAAAGGGCACUGGAAUUUCAUUAGUUUGGCCACGAAUGAAAAACUGUCAGAAGAGGACAAGCAAGAUAUCAAAAUGUCUUUGACAGUAUUCUCCCCUUUUGCCAAUGGGAGUGUGAACGUGCAGACUACCACUGUUUCGUCAGAAGGAGUCUGUAUGGAAAUAAAUACUACAUAUUCCAAGGGAAAUAUUUCUGAACAAUACAGAAGUAAUGAUGGAAGUCCUUGUUAUUUCAUAGUGAUAGACACCGAUUAUAAAAACUAUGGCAUUAUUUACAUAGGAAAUAUUGAAAACAAGAAUGACUUCCAAAUCAAACUCUAUGGCAGGACUAAAGUAGUGACAGAAGAAGUCUUUAAGAAAUUCAAAAAAGUUGCAAAAUCCUUUGGAGUUCCAGGGAAGAACUUGAUUAUGCUAUCCAGAUCAGAACCUUGUAGUUAAAGAAGUCAGAAUGGGGCCACGAGGGAGCACAACACAGAUCAUAUGACCUUGUGUCUGGAAAAGGAGGGCUGCCAGAUGGUUUUCAGUGUUCCUCUUUCCCAUCCAUGGGAGAAUGGUGUUCUGUUUGCUUCAAAAGUUGCAGCUUUCCAUGUUAGAUACAAUGAUUGGGAUGCCCCAACCUGUACCUUUCUUUGCUAAGGGGAUUUCUGAGUGCUUGGGGAAUUAUUCAUCAGGAACCCCAAGUAAUUGUUUUCCCUACUCACCACUUAGCACAAUGACUGGCUAAGCCAGUCACUAUAAUAAUAAAUGCUAGUUCAUUGACUUGUUUUUUUUAAAUACACAGAGGGAUAUAUACCAAAGCCUCUUUUAUGCUACAGAUCAAACUCCAUACACUCAAUAUCAUUAAAAUGGAAUUCUUUGAC